AUGCCUCAUACCCAGGCCAAAUCACCCAAAGACGGCAUGGCCACUACAGAUCGCGCCAGUAUCAAGCCCGGUGAUCUGGAGGAGCACGACGACGAUGCCAUUCUCCGCGCCAACGGCCACGAGGCUGUCAUGCCCCGUCAGUUCAACUGGAUCUCCGCGCUGGGGCUGGGGUUUUCCAUUACGAAUUCGUGGAUUGGGUAUUUGAGCUGCUUCGGCCAAAACUUGAUAUAUGGAGGUCCGCAAACGUGUAUCUUCAGUCUGCUGGUUGCCUUUUUCGCCCAGUGCGUUGUCGCAGUUGGGCUGGGAGAGCUGGCUUCUGCGUAUCCAUCGAGUGGGGGACAGUACCACUUUUGCUACAUCCUGAGUCCCGCACAUUCGAAAAAAUACAGUGCCUAUGUCGUUGGCUGGAUUUCGGUGCUUGCCUGGUGGACAGUCACUUGCUCCGGCAUUUCGCUUGCGGCAGUUGUCCUCAACGGUAUUGUUGCAUUUGUCUACCCCGACUAUGCGGCAAAUCAAUGGCAGACCUAUUGUCUUUACAUUGCCGUGGCCACCGUGACUAUACUGCCUGUUCUUUUCUCGUCCAAGAUGUAUGCCACAGCACAGGCCUCUCUAUAUCUCUCGCUAUCUGGCUACCUGAUCUUCUUCAUUGUUGCACUCGUGAUGCACAAGAGUCGCAUGCCGGCUAGCUUCUUGACCCAGUCCGGUCUGGGUAACAGUGGCUGGAACCAUGGCACAGCAUGGCUGCUCAGCAUCAGUAACUCGAUGUAUGCCUUUGGCGGUAUUGAUGGAGUCAUCCAUAUCUCCGAGGAGAUGCCCCGGCCGGGCAAGCGAAUUCCCCAAGUCAUCAUUCUGACGUUGGCAAUUGGGCUGUGCACUGCGCUCUCUCUCUUUGUUGUUCUUAUGCUCUUCCAGCUCGAUCUCGACGCCGUGCGAACAGCGACUCUGCCGAGUCUGGAGUUGAUCUAUCAAGUGACGGGGAGCCGGAACGUCACGCUAGGGCUGUUCAUCCUGCUUCUCAUCAUCUACACCAUCUGCCUUCCAUGCCAGUGGGUGACUGCCGGCCGACUUGCCUGGGCAUUUGCUCGAGAUCAUGGAGUCCCCUUUGCAUCCUUCUUCUCCUGCAUCCACCCCACGCUCCAGUUCCCCCUCAACGCAACCGCCGCCGCAUACGUCUUCACCUGCAUCUACGGCCUCCUCUACCUCGCCUCCACCACCGCCUUCAACUCCAUCAUCACAUCCGCCGUCCUCUUCCUCAACAUCUCCUACACAGUCCCGCAGAGCAUCCUGCUGAUCCGCGGCCGCGACACCCUCCCGCGCCGAUACUUCAACCUCAGCCGCUUUGGGAUCGGGAUCUUCGCCAACGUCUUCUCGACGCUGUGGAUUGUUAUCCUGGGGGUGUUGAUUUGCAUGCCGCCAAACUUGCCAGUCUCGUUGACGUCUAUGAAUUACACGCCGGUUAUCUUGGUGGGCGUGUUUGUUAUCAUUAAUGUCAUUUGGUUCUUCUCGGGGAGGACGUCGUUUGAGGGGCCGCGGAUUGAUUGGGAGGUUAUUAAUCAGGCUGCGCUGUAG